ACUGUGGCUUGCCUGUGAACCGUCACGUGACCAGUAUCGGGAACACCUCGCGGACACGCAAGACUGGAAGAAAAUGAGUGAAAGUCAUCUUUUCCCUUCCUUUUCCAUCUCUGUUAUGCAAGCCAGAACGCCAUGAAAGAGUCUGUGUGUUUCCCAGGAAUUAGACCCAGCCUUCCCCGCCCUGCCUCCCCCCUCCCGGGCUGUACAGCUGGCAAUCUGCUCUACAACGCAAGGCGAGGAGUCCUCGGCGGAACAUUUAUAAAAAUCAUACGACGCUAAUUAACUGGAGGAGUUUUUUUCUUGCGUGGGACAAUCAACUUUUUGGGGGGGCCGGAAAGCAAAAGGGAGCCCCCCGUGUGUCGUGGGACCGUUAUAUGCUAAGGUGAGAGAAUGUUGGCAUCAAAGUUCAGGCGUGGCUUUGCCCUCCUCCUCCUUUUCUCCGUGUACUCGCCCUGUUGCGUUGCUCAGUCAACCCCGCCCACCGUGACCACGCCUGCCAGCAGCGCUCGUCCCUCACCUUGGUCCGCCUCCCCCCAGCCACAAACACAGAGGUUAAAGGUCAGGCUGGCCGGAUACCCACGCAAACACAACGAGGGACGCGUGGAGCUUUUCCACCAGGGCGAGUGGGGCACCAUCUGCGACGACGACUUCUCCAUAACCAACGCCAACGUGCUGUGUCGCCAGCUGGGCUUCGUCGCCGCCACUGCGUGGACUCACAGCGCCAAAUAUGGCAAGGGGCAAGGUAAAAUCUGGCUGGACAACGUUAUAUGCAGCGGCGGGGAGAAAAGCAUCGACUUGUGUAAGUCUCGCGGCUGGGGCAACAGCGACUGCACUCACGACGAAGACGCUGGAGUCGUGUGCAAAGAUGAGAGGAUCCCCGGCUUCGUCGACGCCAAUGUCAUCGAGGCUCACGUGGAUGAGGACAAGCUGGAGGAGGUGCGUCUCCGGCCGGUGCUGGCGGCGGCCAAAAAGAAGCUGCCCAUCACGGAGGGCGUGGUGGAGGUGAAGCAUAAAGACGGUUGGGCGCAGGUCUGCGACGUGGGCUGGACGGUGAAGAACACCCGCGUUAUCUGCGGCAUGCUUGGAUUCCCUCACGAGAGGAAGGUCAACAAGAACUUCUACAGGUUGUUCUUGCAGCGUCAGAAGAACGUCUUCCACAUCCACUCCGUGGCGUGCACCGGCACCGAGGUGCACCUGGCAGCCUGCCCCCUGGAGUUCAACAGGCCCAACAGCACGUCGUCCUGCGAGGGCGGCUCCCCCGCAGUUGUCAGCUGCAUGCCGGGGCCGCUCUUCAUGCAGAGCAGCGGCUUGAAGAAGAAGCCCAAAACCUCGAGCAACGUGAGGCUGAAGGGGGGCGCAAGGCUGGGCGAGGGCCGUGUGGAGGUGCUGAAAGGCAACGAGUGGGGUACGGUGUGCGACGACCGCUGGAGCCUGCAGUCGGCCAGCGUGGUGUGCCGGGAACUGGGCUUCGGAAGCGCCAAGGAGGCCAUGACGGGGGCACGCAUGGGUCAAGGAAUGGGCCCCAUCUACAUGAACGAGGUGAAGUGUGGAGGCAACGAGAGGUCCAUCUGGAGCUGCCCGUUCAAGAAUAUCACCUUGGAAGACUGUCAGCACACGGAGGACGCUGCCGUGCGCUGCAACAUUCCCUACAUGGGCCUGGAGAACUCGAUCCGCCUCACAGGGGGUCGCACCCGCUACGAGGGCCGCGUGGAGGUGCUUGGCAAGGACGCCAAUGGCACCGAAGGCUGGGGGCUGAUCUGUGGAGAGACUUGGACCACCAAGGAGGCCAUAGUGGCCUGCAGGCAGCUGGGUCUGGGCUACGCCAACCAGGGCGUGCAAAUCCGGAUAGUGGGCGGCCGCAGCAGUUAUGAGGGCCGGGUGGAGGUUCAGGUGGGGUCCAAGUGGGGAACAGUGUGCAGCACAGGAUGGACCACAAAGGAGGCCAUGGUGGUCUGCAGGCAGCUGGGCCUGGGAUACUCCAUGCAUGCCAUCACUGAAACCUGGUACUGGGACAGCAGCAAUGUCACCGACAUGGUGAUGAGCGGCGUCAAGUGCACGGGCGGCGAGAUGUCUCUGACGCAGUGUCAGCAUCACAAGACGGUCAGCUGUCAGAAAGCCGCCGCCAAGUUCGCCGCAGGAGUCAUCUGCUCCGAAACCACCUCCGACCUGGUCCUGAACGCCUCCCUGGUCCAGCAGACGGUCUACAUCGAGGACCGGCCCCUGCACAUGCUCUACUGUGCUGCAGAGGAGGAUUGUCUGUCCAAGUCGGCCGCCAAGGCCAACUGGCCCUACGGACACCGCCGCCUGCUGCGCUUCUCCUCCCAGAUCCAUAAUAUCGGCCGGGCCGACUUCAAGCCCAAGGCGGGCCGCCACUCGUGGGUGUGGCACGCGUGUCACGGGCACUACCAUAGCAUGGACAUUUUCACACACUACGAUCUGCUCAAUGCUAACGGAACCAAAGUAGCGGAAGGACACAAGGCCAGUUUCUGUCUGGAGGACACAGAUUGCCAAGAAGGAGUUUCCAAACGCUACGAGUGUGCCAACUUUGGAGAUCAGGGCAUCACGGUGGGCUGCUGGGAUUUGUACCGCCACGACAUCGACUGCCAGUGGAUCGAUAUCACCGAUGUCAAGCCCGGAAACUACAUCAUGCAGGUGGUCAUCAACCCAAAUUUCGAGGUGGCCGAGAGCGACUUCACCAACAACGCUAUGAAGUGCAACUGCAAAUACGACGGUCAUCGCAUUUGGUUCCACAACUGCCACAUUGGAGACGCCUUCAGCGAGGAGGCGGAGAGAAGGUUUGAGAAGUACCCGGGACAGUUGAACAACCAGAUUUCUUAAUCCUUGAGGGAUGUUCUGGUGAACAUCUUCCAUGUCUUCUGAGUUGUUAUACUUGAACAUUCAAGUGUUUUUGCCACCAAAUGCCAAAAAUGGAGAUUAACUUCAUGGUAGCUUUUAGUCCAGCUUUUGAUUUGAUUGUGCACUUGCUGAGAUUUGUCUCCGUGCAAAGACCUCAGCAUCUGGAUGAGGGUGCUCCUCGGCUCUGGUGAGAACUUUCUAUGUUUGGACCACUCAGUCGAGCUAUUAUUAUGAUAUCUUAUUUUUGUUAAUGUAUUUAUUAUGUGUCAAAGGUGCUCCAGAGAUGUUUUGUUAAUGAUCUCCUGAGGUGCUGGGAAGUUACAUGCUGCGAUUUUUGGGGUACAAAUUGGACAAAAAGGGUCAAACAAAUGUACACUAAUAUAAUCAUAAAUCAUAACUGCUGCCCUCAAUUAAAGGAGAGGAAUAAUGAUGAGGACAUCUGUCCCCCAGUGUCAUAUGUAUUCCUUCUUUGGAAGCGUUACUUCACGACUGUUUACAUGUUGAGCGACCUCGCCGUUAGCAUCUUUCGCAUGUGUAUGGUGCAGAGUUUAUUUCAAUCUACUUAACCGCUUAACUGUUAACUCGCUACUGCAAUCCCAUUAAGCUCGCUGGCCACAUUGCACGGUGGCCCAGUGGCAGCUCUGUGGCGCCGCCGUGUUGCUGUCA